AUGACCCCCACGCCCGAGAACACCGCCGGGGCCGCCCCGGGCCCCGAACCCGGAGGGAACGAUGAUCAUCUGUCCCUUCCAACGACCAACAAUCCCCACCAACACCACCAGAAAAACGACCGUGAGAGGGCCAAGGCCGGGCUGCGCAUCCGCGACUGGGUGCGCUCCCCGCGGUCCGGAGAGUCCCGCCGCCCGAGCCAUGCCGGGGCCGGGGCCGGCGCCGAGUCGGAGGCGAAACAGGCGCCGAAAACAUCAUCAUCACGCUGCCACGGUGGUGGAAACCCGGCCGAACCGUGGUGGAAGAUCCAUCUCUUCCGAGGCAUGGCCAACGACAUUCGGAAGAGGGCGCCCUACUAUCUCAGCGACUGGACUGAUGCCUGGAACUAUCGGGUUGUGCCCGCUACUGUGUACAUGUUUUUUGCCAACAUCCUGCCCGCCCUGGCCUUCUCGCUCGACAUGUUCCACAAGACGAACAUGCAGUACGGCGUCAACGAGGUGCUGCUUGCCUCGGUCCUGGGCGCGGUGGUGUUCUCGCUCCUGGCCUGCCAGCCGCUGGUUAUUGUCGGUGUUACUGGGCCCAUUACCGUGUUCAACUAUACUGUGUACGAUAUCAUGAUGCCCACCGGUACCAACUACCUGGCAUUCAUGUGCUGGAUUGGCAUAUGGUCGCUCAUAUUCCACUGGAUCUUGGCCGUCACCAACUCGUGCAACUGGCUGCGCUACGUGACGCGCUUUCCCUGCGACAUCUUUGGCUUCUACGUGGCCUUCAUCUACCUGCAAAAGGGCAUCCAGAUCCUCGAGACGCUCGGUGACGAGGAGCCCUUUUACCUCUCUGUCGUGGUGGCCCUGCUCGUCUUCGCCAUCGCCUACAUCUGCGGCGAGCUCGGUCGGAGCAGUCUGUUCCGCCACCCUGUGCGCGUCUUCCUGAAGGACUACGGCACCCCGCUGACCGUCGUCUUCUUCACGGGCUUCGUCCACAUGGGUAAGAUGAGGCAUGUCCCCAUGGAGACGCUGCCGACGAGUACAUCCUUCAUGCCCACCGUGUCUGAAAGGGGCUGGUUCAUCCAUUUCUGGGAUAUUCCCGUCGGCGACAUAUUCAUUGCCAUCCCCUUUGCAGUUCUGCUGACCAUCCUGUUCUGGUUUGACCACAAUGUGUCCUCCCUCAUCGCCCAAGGCACCGAAUUCCCCCUGAAAAAGCCAGCCGGCUUCCACUGGGAUCUCUUCCUGCUAGGCCUCACCACCGGUGUUGCCGGCUUGCUCGGCCUGCCCUUUCCCAACGGGCUCAUCCCGCAGGCGCCGUUCCACACCGAAUCUCUCUGCGUGACCGAAGUCGUCCACGACAAACGCAUCGACGACAACGGCAACAACCCCAACCCGACGUACUCAUUCCGGCCCGUAUACGUGGUCGAGCAGCGCCUGUCGAAUCUGGCGCAGGGCCUGUUGACGCUCGUGGCCAUGAGCCCCCCGCUCCUCGUCGUCCUGCACCUGAUCCCGCAGGGCGUGCUGGCGGGGCUCUUCUUCAUCAUGGGCUUCCAGGCGCUCGAGGAGAACGGCAUCACGGCCAAGCUGCUUUUCCUCGUCCGCGACAGCGCCCUGACCCCGCCCAACCAUCCCCUCGCCAUCGUCAAAAGGUGUGAUGACAACGGCAAGCCCCUCGUCCGCAGGGCCGCCGUCUGGGGGUUUGUCCUCGUCGAGCUGGUCGGCUUCGGCGCCACCUUCGCCAUCACGCAGACCGUCGCCGCUGUUGGAUUUCCCGUGUUUAUCUUUUUGCUCAUCCCCGUCCGCGCGCUGGUCCUGCCGAGGUUUCUUACUCCCGUGGAGCUGUCCGUCUUGGACCAGCCCACGGCCAGCCCUUUUACCCUGGAGAACGUCGGCGGCACGUUUGCCAGCGGUGGAAGUGGAAGCGGCGUGUACUUGAAUGCCGACGAGGCUGGCGGGGGCGGUGGAGGAGGAGGACGGUCCGGGUCCGGGUCGGUGUCCGGCUCAGGCUUCUUCGGCGGUGGUGGUGGUGGCUCGGGUGGGGAGGACUACCUCGGUGCUUGCGGUCGGUCGGAGAAAGGAAAGGAGAAGGACUCGGAAGGCGGCGUCUGGGCUGGUGGUGGUCGGGGUGGCAUCAAUGAUGACGGGUAUGGUGGUGGGAAUGGGAGCGGGCAGCAGAGCGAAGAGGAGCUUGCUGAGCUUGGGGAGGGUCGGAUGGCCGGAGGUGUAAGGAGGAGGUUUAGCACCGUCAAUCGGGAGGGCACCGUUUAG